AUGGUUCUACGCCAGGUUCGAUUCCGGAACGGCAAGCUGCUGGUGGAUACCUUGAAAGACUUGGUGGAGGGGAAAUUGCAUCCGUCCCAGCUGCCGUCCUUCUCCGUGUGGUCGCAGGGCAGCCGCUGGUACGCCGUUACGGGCAAUCGCCGCCUCUGGGUCCUCCGGGAGCUGUCCAGAGUCACCGGCGAAGCAGUGAGGGUGCGCGUCCGGCAGCUGCGAUUGGACGUGCAUCUAUCCAGCUGGUUUCGGCGCAGGUUCACCACGGCUUGCGACGGCACAGCUGUGCAGUACCGUGGCAAGCGGGGCUGCCAUCCGAGCAUGCGGAUGGCCUUGCUCUCACCAGGUCCCGGGGCCCACGAGAAGCUUCUCGCCGAGGCGCUUGCGGCGGGCUCGGGCCAGAUGGCCCUGGCGGACCUGGACGCCAAGUUCGAGGAGUUCUCAGUGGCGGAGCUGGUGAAGUCCAGGCCCGAGCUUUUCACGAGGUCUUCCGACAUGGUGAGCUUCACCCCGGUGCUUCCCUACAAGCAAAGUGCUGACGGGCGUUCCUGUGGCAGCGCCACUCAGGCACCGGUGGUUCCAUCGGGCCGCUGGACGAAGAAGGAGGCGCCAGCAGCGCAAGUCGACUCCUCCGUGGAUCCCUCAAGAGGGAAGGCGGAAUCCGAAGUGACCGAAGUGACGGAAGCCAGGCCGCUUCCCUACAAGGCCCCUCCGGUGAAGCCUCCUGCCAGUGUCCCAGACCGCGGGCCAGCACGCGAUGGUCCGGGCGACUCCUGCUCCGCCCCUUCUGGGCCUCCUGGGCCUUCUGGGCCUCCCAAGGUCGGCGUUCCCAACGCGCGCCUGCAGCCUCCGCCGGGCGCGGCCGGCGCACAAAGUGUUCCUCGUAUCGGGGAUGCUCAGCCUGCCGCACCUGUCCCCAAGCUUCCGCCGGAAGGCUUUGGGAAGUCCAGCUACCUCGCCCAGCCGCGAUCACCAGAGCCGGCCGCACCUCCUGCAAGCCCUUCGGCCCAGAUGGCAAAGCCGAAAGGUCAGCAGGAGAGAUGCCUCCCGCGGCCAGCCCCACCAGAUCCUGCAGCCAAGUCCACCACGCCAGCGCUGAGAGGUGCAGGCGCGUCGGCCGAUUCGGCGCGAGAGCGCGUCGGCGCUGGCGAGACUGGGGCGCAGGCCGACUCCGGGGCUCGGGUGGCGAAAGCAUCCCUCGAGCGUGCGCGGCUCAAGCCCGAACAGGCGCCGCACGUGAAGCCAUCGCCACCCGAGCCACUCCAGCCCUGCGUCUGCGACCUCCACAGCUUGCUGUCGAAGCUGCCGGCCAAGCUCUUCGAAACCGCGGGCGUGCCUGCCUGCGCCAGGCUGCUGCACCGGUGGAAGGCGCAGCGGCUGAUUUUGAAGGGCGGGCUGCCCCUGCAAGUGGCCCUGGCCACGCGCUGGCUGCCCUCUUCCCACCUUCCGCAGGUGCCCCUCCUACAGGAGGACCUCGUAGCCUUCGCAGAGCGCCUGGGGCUGGAGAACCCCAAGGGCGGCAUUCGUCUCAUCCCAGGGACCCUGCACCGGGCCAGCCUCUGCUACCACGGGGCACGCCUGGAUGCCGUGGUGGUGCAUGUGACGCGGCUGCUGCCAGGCCUCAGCCAGCCCCUCCAGGCGAAUGCCUUCAUGGGCUCCCUGCUCCUGAUGGGCCCCAGCAGCUGUGGGAAGACCACCAUCUUGAGGGAUCUCAUCGCCACUUUGUCGCCGAUUUGCCAGGUGGUGGUGCUGGACGUGGCAGCGGAGAUGAGCUAUGCCGAGUUCCCACAUGCGCGGAUGGUGGCGCCGGCGGAGGAGACCCCCGACACGGCUUCGGUGCUGCAGCGGGUGAUUUCCGAGCAGAGCCCCGAGGUCGUUGUGGCCGAGUUCCUGGACGGAGACGUCGCGCUCCAGUGCGCGCAGCUGUGCUUCGAUGCCGGGGUUCGGCUGGUCUGCUCGCUGCGGCAGUCCUUCACGAGCCUGGUGGAGUCGUUCCUCCGCCGAGGCACCGGACUCUUCGGCUGCUUUGCGUUUCCCUUCGGCGCGGUGGUCGUCCUCCGCCGGGAGCUGGACGUGUGGAAAGUCUACGCCCCUGCCGGCGCAGUGGUGUGUGCCAUGAGUGCGGGCCGGCGGGCGCGCUGCCCCACGCACCACAUCCCCAACAGCCCGGCCCUGCACCCGUCCGGCCUCGUGCGCCUGAAGAACCUGGGCCUUCCAACAGAAGCACAAGAGCCGGUCCCCGACGAGAUCGGGGCGCACUCCGGACGCCGGAUCGAGGUCGUGUGA